GGUGUGUAAUGUAUUGGGAAAAAGAAUGAGCAAUGAGGGGAGAAGAAGAGAAGGACAAGGAAAUAAGAGUUGUUUAAGUCAAAAUGGAAAAUUGAUUGGAUGGUGGGAGAGUAUACUAAUGCAGAGACAGAGGGGAAACACUUCAAGUGAGAUAGUAACGCAGCUGUCACUUGUGAUAUACUACAAAGCCCACACCAUCUCUUCCUUCUCUCUUUGGCCAGCAAAUUAGAGUUUGCAGCUGUCAGAUCUCUUUCUCUCUCCUCCACCACCACCCUUUUUCUAACUCCCUUUUCCUUUUCCCUUAAAACAAUAAAUUAUAUAUAUUUUUAUAAAACAACUCCCUUUUUUUUAAUUAUUUUUUCCUUUUCGUAUAUUUUUGUUUUAAUUAACUAACUCCUCUGUCACAAACAACCAUCAAAUUAUAACGAUACCACACCAUCAUAAACCAUACCCACCACCCCUUUCCCUCAGCCUCUCUUCAAAUUCAAUGAUUCUUGUGUCGUGAAGGGGCGUUGUUGAAUGGUGAAGUAGGACAAAUACAAGACCACACACAGAGAAAGAUAGAGAGAGAGAGAGAGCAGAAAACCAGAAGAGAAAAUGGCAGUGACAAGUCAAUAAGUAGAGAUCAGAAGAAACAAGACACCCUUUUGAGCUUAACUAGCUUUCAUGCAUAAACAAGGACACCUUUUUCUUCCCUUGACACCAUGGCUUACCCACAUUACCGAUCACAGUUCGGAGACACCACGUUCACCAAGGUCUUCGUUGGAGGCCUAGCUUGGGAGACUCCAACCGAAGAAAUGCGCAAAUAUUUUGAGCAGUUUGGUGAGAUUCUUGAAGCUGUCAUUAUCACUGAUAAGAACACAGGAAAAUCUAAAGGCUACGGAUUCGUAACAUUCCGUGAUCCAGAAUCAGCUAGAAGGGCAUGUGCUGAUCCAAACCCAGUGAUAGAUGGAAGAAGAGCAAAUUGUAACAUUGCUUCUCUCGGAAGACCUAGACCAUCACCACCAAGAGGAAGAGGUACAUUCCAAGGAGGAGCACCGGGAACAGCUUCAUACAGUGGUGUGCCGGCGGCAGGAGGACCGGCACUAGCACCGCCGCCGCCGCCACCACCACCACCGCUGGUGUACCCGCCAUAUGGCUACCCUACCUACACCCCUGAUUAUGGGUACCAUCAAGCCACAAUGUAUAACCCACAAAUUCAGCAACCACAAUACUACCAACAACUCUAUGGACCAUCCUCCUCCACCAUGGGUUCCCCAUAUUACUAUGGCUAUUCUGUGCAAGCACCAAGAAGUACCUUUUCCACACCCCAACCACAUCGCAUACCAGCUGGACCCUCUUAUCUAUACUACCCUACACCAAUGGAACCCUCAUUUUCUGCAUAUCGUCCACCACCUCAGUUGCAACAACUUCCAAUAAGGCAACCCCCUCCUUCCCCUACUGACUCACAGACUCAGCAACGUACCACGUCCGAGGCAGCAGGUGGAGUAGUUAUAACUUCAGAAAGUUCAAAUAGCCAAGGGAGGAACUGAUAAAUAUAUAUAGCUGCUAAGUUUCAACUGUAUAAUCUUCAAAUUAAAUUUUAUCACAUUAAUUCUUGAUCUUUUUCCACAUGAUCAUAUCUUCAUUUUUUUGGUCCACAUGCUGUAGCUUUUAGGAAAUAAUGGUUCGAAUCAGAUUAGUUGUGUUCCCCACAGCCAUGGCAUUCAAAAGUUGGACUAAUCUACUUCAUGGAGAUUGUCUUCAUUUCUCUUUUCCUUGUUUUCAAGGAGAUCUUCACUUAUAUCAUUUUUCCUAAUUACUUCUAUUUUCCUUUUAA